UAGACAUUCCUCCACUGACAGUUAGUGUGCGGCGGUGACAGACGAGCAUCGGUCAGCCUAUAAUCCAGCUCCAGGUGUAAAAUAUGGAAGAAAUUAACAACAUUGAAGUCACUCCGUGCACAGAGUCCGACUACCUGAAGCCGCUCAGGGUGCACUAUAACCAGAAUGGCACAAAGAAAUCCUGGGACUUCAUGAGAACCCAUGACAGUGUAUCAGUGCUGAUCUUCAACACCAGCUCACACUGUUUUAUCCUCGUCAAGCAGUUCCGUCCAGCUGUAUUCAUGUGUGAGUGGGAAAGGAACAAGACGCAGCCGCCUCAGUCUGCUGAAAAACCUGAAGAGGGCGCCUCCGAAGCCGCGGCCCCCGCAGCUGAACCUCAGGAGGGCCAGUCGGCGGCGGAGGGGGAGAGCUCCUCCUCCCCGUGGCCCCCGGCCGCAGCGGGGGUCACCUACGAGCUCUGCGCCGGCCUGGUGGACAAACCCAACCUUUCUCUGGAGGAGAUCGCCAGGCAGGAGGUGCUGGAGGAGUGCGGCUACGAUGUGCCUGUCGCUAAACUGAAGAGGAUUACAUCUUACAGGUCAGGUGUAGGUGUGACGGGCGCCAAGCAGACCAUGUUUUACGCCGAAGUGUCCGACGACAACUGUGUGAGCGCAGGGGGAGGUGAGCCAAGCGAGGGAGAGCUAAUCGAGGUGGUCAAAGUCCCGCUGCACGAGGCCAUGACGUUUGCCUACGACGAGCGUAUACCUAAAACCAUGGGCGUCAUUUUUAGUUUCAUCUGGUUCCAUAAUAACAUGUCUCCCAAGUACAAGAUCUCCACCAAUGUGUAACUAGUAUUAAGCAACCUUCUUUAUACCGUUCAUUUCAAAUUAAAUCAAAACACAGGCCCAGCACGUCCACUCUUCCCCUCAUCGCUCUUCAUCCUGUAUUGCCUUUUUGCUUAUUGGUACAUGAUGAAAGGUGGGCCCCUUGUCUUGUUGCCAACAAGUUUUGUCCUGUUUACCUUUUUUUGUUGUCUUAAUAUUUUUCCUAAAAACAAAUUUGCCAUAGCUGGUUGUCACUGGCACAUUUUUGUCUUCUUUAUUAAUUUUUUUGUAUCAUUUAAUUUACUGUGCCAUGUGUUAUAAUGGCUGCAUAUCACUGAUUUAAUUUGCCUGCCCUUGAUUAAAGGAAUACUCUACUGCU